UAUAAACACAGUUUGGCGCGUCACUGUCAGUUCUUAACAGUUUCUGUAUCGGUCACGGGACUUUCUUACACCGAUACUCGCACCGACACGGGGUUUUGCUCUAUGAGCUCGACGCAUCGUUGUUGCCGGACCCAUCACUAGUUUACAGGUUAAUGUUCUUGUAAACUCUGCUCCACUAAAGAUCAGAAACGGUCCAGUCAGAGCACAGUGAGAGCAGGAGGCUGUCAGUGUUCACUAGACCACGUAUACCUGACUGAGAAGGAAACUGUCAGAGGAGCGGAGAAUCACUUCAGCUGAGACAUGUCUUCAACUGUGUCAACUACUGUGGGAAGUGUGGUGGUGGUCACCCAUGUGCACCCAGCACCUCAGGGGACUGAACGCCAGCAUAAUGUGGGCAUCCAGAAGUUCAUGAAGGCUUGGCCGCUGGCGCUCGGGACUGUUCAGAUCAUGAUCGGCCUGAUGGUUCUGCUGUUUGGGAUCGUCUCGGCUAUAAGAGCAAAUACACUGGGAGUUUACAGCGGCGCUUUCGUCUGGGGAGCUUUGAUUUACAUCACAGCUGGAUCUCUGACAGUGGCUGCUGGGAAAUCUGUGAACCGCUGUCUGGUGAACGGCGCCCUGGCUCUCUGUGUCAUAGCAGCACUUGCUUCCUGUACUGCGACCAUCCUCUACUUAAUGGAUGCUGCAGGAAUUUUAAACCGAUGCAGUUACUAUGACUAUGGCCAUGGAAGUUAUGAUUGCUAUCUUUAUAAGAGUCUGGUGCAGGGGUUUUCAGGGGUCUUGGCUGUUUUCCAUUUCUUGGAGUUCGUUGUUUCAAUCACCGUCUCAGGAUUUGCCUGCAGCGCUACCUGCAACUGCAACUCACAGACGCCAUCAUUCGUUGUUGUACCUGGAGAUGUUGCAGUGACUCCAUAUGCUCCGCCCAGUGUCCAAACACCACUUCUCUCAGCUCCUCCCACAGGUAUAGAUGCCAGGUUUCGCCCAGAACAUCCAAUAGCUACAGCCCCGCCUGAGCCUCCAGCCUACGAUGCUGUCAUCAACUGAAGAGUCCUGACAGACCUUCCUGUUCUGAAUAACCUGACACCACUAAGGCCAAUCAUCUCCACAGGUCUCUUUAGAUGCACGCUAGUAAGCCAUGUAUUAAAAUGCUCUUUUAAUGUUAAAUGAAACCUAAUGUAAGAGGAAAAUCUAAAUGUGUCAUUCCUAAACUGACACAACAAAAAGCUAUGUUAAAACAAUGCUGUCCUUCAGUGAUGGACAGCUUCAAGCUUGAAGUUUGCUUCAGUAAAGCUUCAGUUUGCUAA